AUGAGUACUAAUCGUGAUCAUCCACAAGGUUCGUCAGAUCCUGCCAAUAGUGGAUACAGUCACGAAUCUCAGGAUCUUCAUGAUAACGCUUACCAGCGCCCUUCCGCAUCCUCCUAUGACCGGGAAGGUUAUGAUAAUGGCUCGCUUUUUGAGGAGGACUACGCCGAUGGCUAUGAUUAUCCAACGGGUGUAACCGAAAGCUAUGGCGACGAUUAUACCCCUGUUGAUUCUGGUGAGGCUGGUUAUCAAUACGCUGCUGAUAAGUCUAAGGAUAUCCAUCCUUCUGACGAGUACGGCUCUGAUUAUUCGGAUUACAAUGCUCGUCCUGCCGAAGAUAACUUUUACAACUUGCGUGGUGAUGGUCGUUACAACGGCCAUGAUCCUAGCUCCGACUCCCUUGCCAAUGUCUACAACAGCGUUCCUUAUGGUGCUAGCCCUUAUGAGUUCAGUAAUUCCUCGUUUGUCGGAAACUCUGGCCCUGGUACUCCCCUGGAUGCUGAUAGUGCCUCUUUCUAUGCUGACAGCUCUAAUUUCGCUCCUAGGGAACCCUAUCCUGCUUGGACUCCUGAAAACGAACUUCCUUUGACUAAGGAGGAAAUUGAGGAUAUCUUCAUUGAUUUAACCAACAAGCUUGGUUUUCAACGUGACUCCAUGCGCAAUAUGUAUGACUUUUUCAUGAUUCUGUUAGAUUCCCGUGCCUCCCGUAUGACCCCUGAUCAGGCGUUAUUGACUUUGCAUGCAGACUACAUUGGUAGUGACCUUGCCAACUAUAAAAAAUGGUAUUUUGCUGCUCAAAUGGACCGUGAAGACGCUCUUGGUCUUUCCAGCCUUGGUGUCUAUGGUGGUAAAGUUACUUCUGUCAAGGAAAAAGGUAAGCUUUUUUCAAAAAACAAAAAAGCUCCUAAAGUAGCCAAACCCCCUAAAAAGUCCCGCUUCAAGAAGAAAAAGAAGCAGGAUGAGCCUGCCGAACAGGAGGACGAAUAUAUUGACGUCAAUACCGAUGACUCUUUAGAAUCUGCCGAAUAUCGUUGGCGUUCUCACAUGCGUCAAAUGACCCAGUUUGAACGUGCACAACAAGUUGCUCUUUGGUUACUUUUGUGGGGUGAAGCAAAUAAUGUUCGAUUUAUGCCGGAGGUUAUGGCAUUCUUGUUUAAAUGUGCUUAUGAUUAUAUCGCUUCUCCUGAAGCUCAAAAUGUUACGGAGCCUGUUGAAGAGGGUUACUACCUGGACAACGUCAUUUCACCUCUUUAUCAAUACAUGCAUGACCAACAAUUUGAAAUUAUUGAUGGUAAAUAUGUUCGUCGUGAACGCACGCACGAUCAAGUCAUCGGAUAUGAUGACAUUAACCAGUUGUUUUGGCAUGCAGAGGGUAUUGCACGUCUAAUUUUUGAAGAUGGUACUCGUUUAAUUGAUAUUCCUGCUUCCGAGCGUUUCCUUAGACUCUCUCAAGUCCAAUGGAAUCGUGCAUUCUACAAAACUUAUUAUGAAACUCGUUCUUGGCUUCAUCUCAUUGUUAACUUCAAUCGUAUCUGGGUUAUUCACUUUUGCAUGUUCUGGUUCUUUAUUGCUUACAAUUCUCCUACUCUAUACACCAAAAAGUACCACAGAAAGGAUGGACCACAACCAACUGGCGGAUCCACAUGGGCUGCCGUAGCAUCUUCUUCCAUCCUUGCUUGUAUCAUUAUGUUGGUUGCGUCGUUUUGUGAAUACUUAUAUGUGCCUCGCCGAUUUCCGGGAUCCAAACCCAUUUGGAAGAGGAUUAUGCUAAUCCUUUUGGUUUGCGGUAUCAAUCUUAUCCCUGUUGGUUAUAUUUUGGUAUUUUCUACUCCGGAGAAACAAACAACUGGAAGAAGAAAAGCUGUUGGUGUAAUAGCAUUUUUGAUGUCUAUUGCGACCUACCUUUAUUUCGCUCUUAUUCCACUUCAAUCUGCUUUUGGAAAAUGGGCCGUAAAGCCAAAUCGAAAGUAUUUGGCCAACAAAUACUUUACUGCUAACUUUGCUCCUUUGAAGUUUGACAAUCAGGCCGUUUCAAUUCUUAUCUGGGUUUGUAUUUUUACUUGUAAAUUUGUCGAGUCUUAUUUCUUCUUGACAUUGUCUAUCAGGGAUCCAAUUAUUGUUCUUAGUACAAUGCGCCCUUACCUAUGCUCAAUUUAUUGGGUAGGUAGUAAACUAUGCUUUGUACAACCUAGAAUUUUGCUUGGUAUUAUGUACUUUACUGAUUUAAUUUUGUUUUUCUUGGAUUCUUAUCUUUGGUAUGUUAUUUUCAACACUAUUUUCUCUGUUUUAAGAUCAUUUAUCCUUGGUAUUUCGAUUUUGACUCCCUGGAGAAACAUCUAUAGCCGGUUACCACAGAGAAUCUACAGCAAAAUUCUUGCUACCAACGAUAUGGAAAUCAAAUAUAAGCCGAAGAUUUUAAUUUCACAAAUCUGGAAUGCGGUCGUUAUUUCUAUGUAUCGUGAGCACUUACUCUCCAUUGAUCAUGUUCAACGUUUGCUUUAUCAUCAGGUUCCAGCUGAAGAAGGACGCCGUACCUUACGUACACCGAAUUUUUUCAUUUCUCAGGACGACCAUACCGUUCAUACUGACUUCUUCCCUGCUAAUUCUGAAGCAGAGCGUCGCCUUUCAUUCUUUGCUCAAUCAAUGGCCACUCCUGUCCCUGAACCUGUUCCUGUAGAUAACAUGCCUACCUUCAGUGUCUUUAUUCCUCACUACGCAGAAAAGAUUUUACUUUCUUUGCGUGAAAUUAUCAGAGAGGAGGAUCAGCUUUCACGUGUUACAUUACUUGAGUAUCUUAAACAAUUGCAUCCUGUUGAGUGGGAUUGUUUUGUAAAGGAUACCAAGAUCCUUGUUGAAGAAAAUGCUCCCUAUGAAGAUGACUCCAUGUCAGAGAAGGAAAGUGUUAUCCGCAGUAAAAUUGAUGACCUCCCUUUCUACUGCAUUGGUUUUAAGUCUGCUGUACCCGAAUACACUCUUCGUACUCGUAUCUGGGCAUCUUUACGAAGCCAAACAUUAUAUCGUACUAUCAGCGGUUUUAUGAAUUACAGCCGUGCUAUUAAGCUAUUGUAUCGUGUUGAAAAUCCCGAAAUUGUACAAAUGUUUGGUGGUAACACUGAUCGCUUGGAACAUGAGUUGGAUCGUAUGGCUCGUCGUAAAUUUAAGAUUGUUGUCUCUAUGCAACGUUAUGCUAAGUUCAGCAAAGAGGAGUAUGAAAAUGCAGAGUUCUUACUCCGUGCUUACCCUGAUCUUCAAAUUGCCUAUCUUGAUGAGGAUCCACCUCUUGAGGAGGGUGGAGAACCCCAAUUGUUCGCUGCUCUUAUCGAUGGUCACUCAGAAAUAAUGGACAAUGAACGUCGCCGUCCAAAGUAUCGUAUUCGAUUAUCUGGCAAUCCCAUCCUAGGUGAUGGUAAAUCUGAUAACCAAAAUAUGGCAUUACCAUUCUAUCGUGGUGAAUAUCUUCAGUUGAUUGAUGCAAACCAGGAUAACUAUUUAGAGGAAUGUUUGAAGAUUCGUAAUGUUCUUUCCGAGUUUGAGGAGAUGGAAACGGAUAAUGUUAAUCCCUAUUCUGAGACUGCGAAAGAAAGGAACCACAAUCCUGUCGCCAUUCUUGGUGCUCGUGAGUACAUUUUCUCUGAAAAUAUUGGUAUUCUUGGUGACGUCGCAGCUGGUAAAGAACAAACAUUUGGUACUCUUUUCUCUCGUACACUUGCACAAAUUGGUGGUAAAUUGCACUAUGGACAUCCAGAUUUCUUGAACGGUAUUUUUAUGACUACUCGUGGUGGUGUUUCUAAAGCCCAGAAGGGUCUGCAUGUUAACGAAGAUAUUUACGCCGGUAUGACUGCUUUACUUCGUGGUGGCCGCAUCAAGCAUUGUGAGUACUUCCAAUGUGGUAAGGGUCGUGAUUUAGGUUUUGGAUCAAUUCUUAAUUUCAAUACGAAGGUUGGUACUGGUAUGGGUGAGCAAAUGCUUUCCCGUGAAUAUUAUUAUCUUGGCACACAACUUCCUUUAGACAGAUUCCUUUCGUUUUAUUUCGCACACCCUGGUUUCCACCUGAACAAUAUGUUUAUUAUGCUUUCUGUUCAGCUUUUCAUGGUUGUCCUCCUUAAUUUGGGUGCAUUCUACCAUGUGGUUACUGUUUGCUACUAUGACAAGUCCCAGAAAUUGAGUUAUGACACUACGUUUGUUCCUCAAGGUUGUUAUCAGCUUGCUCCAGUUUUGUCUUGGUUGAAGCGGUGCGUCAUUUCUAUCUUCAUCGUCUUUUGGAUUUCUUUCAUUCCUUUGACAGUACAUGAAUUGAUAGAACGUGGUGCCUGGAGGGCUUUAAAGAGAUUUACCAAGCAUAUCUGCUCGUUUUCUCCCUUGUUUGAAGUAUUCACUUGCCAAGUCAAUUGCCAAGCUGUUGUCGCUGAUCUCUCUUUUGGUGGUGCUCGCUAUAUUGGUACUGGUCGUGGAUUUGCUACUGUCCGCUUACCAUUUUCUGUGUUGUAUUCUCGAUUUGCUCAGCCCUCAAUUUAUGCUGGUGCUCGAUUUUUAAUGAUGUUGCUUUUUGGUACACUGACUGUUUGGGUAGCCCAUUUGGUCUACUGGUGGGUAUCCAUUAUGUCUCUUUGUGUCGCCCCCUUCUUGUUCAAUCCUCAUCAAUUUGAUUGGAAUGAUUUCUUUGUGGACUACAGAGAAUUUAUUCGUUGGUUGUCCAGAGGUAAUUCCCGUACCCACGCUAAUUCUUGGAUUGGCUAUUGCCGGCUGACUCGUACCAGAGUUACUGGUUACAAGCGCAAGGUAUUAGGACAACCUAGUGAUAAGAUUUCCAUGGAUACUCCACGUGCAAAGAUGAGCAGUGUGCUUUUUAGUGAAAUUUUGGUUCCUGCAUUGUUAGCAGCUGGUGCCGUUGUUCCCUACUUCUUUAUGAACUCGAUGCCCGGUAAUCCCUCUUAUGCUAAUUGGCAAGAUCAUGAUAAAAUGUAUUACACAACCGACCCGAAGACGGGUACUAACCCUAUUUUACGACUUGCAGUUGUUACUCUCGUUCCGAUUGCCAUUAGUUUCGGUAUGGUCGGAUUUUUCGGAGGCAUGGCCUGCUGUAUGGGUCCCUUGUUUGGAUUGUGCUGCAAGAAGUUCCCCGCCGUCCUAGCUGCUAUUGCUCAUGCUAUCCAGGUUAUUAUUUUCAUUGUCGUUUUCGAGGUUUGCUGGUUCUUAGAUGGCUGGUCGUUACCAAAGACUGUACUAGCAUUUUGUGCCGUUACUGCGGUUCACAGAUUUAUCUUUAAGCUUCUGACUCUUCUAACCUUGACUCGUGAAGUAAAAGAAGACAGUUCUAAUAUUUCAUGGUGGUCAGGAAAAUGGUGGGGUAAAGGAUUCGGCUAUCAUGCAUUAACUUUACCUGCACGUGAAUUUAUGUGUAAAUCAAUUGAGCUCAAUUUGUUUGCAACUGACUUUUUCUUGGGUCAUUUGCUGCUUUACUUCAUGCUUCCUGUAAUUUGCAUCCCAUAUGUUGACCGCUGGCACUCGGUUUUGUUGUUUUGGUUGAGACCUAGUCGCCAAAUCCGCCCACCUAUCUUUUCGACGAAGCAGAGCAGACUCCGCAAACGUAUUGUGCGUCGUUAUUCCGCUCUGUAUUUCUCUAUCUUGAUUCUUCUUGUGAUUCUGAUUGUCGUACCUUUGGUUGCCGGUAAAGAAAUCUGGCAAGGACUUGGAGGUGUCGACCCGAUCUCUAAGAUCAGCCCCUUGUAUCCUAAUGGAACAAUAAAAAACCUUACUGGAUUGAGUAUCGGCGGUGGCCUGAGACAACCUAGAGAUGUCAACUGGACUGUUAACUACACUCAAAACUAUGCGGGAAUGAAUUUCGUCUUUAAUACUUCGUAUUAA